AUGGGCAAGGACAAGGUCGAAAAGGAGAAGAAGCGCGCCGAGAAGAAGGAGAAGCGAUCGGAGAAGGACGGCGUCUCCAAGCCCAAGAAGGAAAAGAAGGACAAGAAGGAUAAGACCGCUCUCGCCGAUGCGGUAGAGAAGGAGAUCACUUCCCAGGUCCUCGAUGGCCUGGAUCAGGCCGCCGCCGCCGGUGCAGCCGAUGUUGAGGACGAUGCCAUGGCCAUCGACCGCCCUGUCGGUGCUGUUGUGCCUUUCGCCAACCCUCUGGUUGAGGAUAAGCAGGCCAAGAAGGUACUGAAGAGCGUCAAGAAGGCUGCUGUCAACAAAUCCCUCAAGCGCGGUGUUAAGGAGGUCGUCAAGGCCCUCCGCAAGUCUAAAAUCCCGGCCCCCAACGAAGCCGUCGAGAUCCCCACCGGUGUUGUUAUCCUUGCUGCCGACAUCUCUCCCAUGGACGUUAUCUCCCACAUCCCCGUUCUGUGCGAGGACCACGGCAUCCCCUAUGUUUUCGUAACCUCCCGCGCUGAGCUCGGUGCCUCCGCCGCUACCAAGCGCCCGACUAGUGUCGUGAUGGUGACCCCCCAGGUCGCUGGCAAGAGCAAGAAGAUUGAUGAGAGCGCCGGUGAAGAUUUCAGCAAGGUCUUCGAAGAGUUGGUCAAGCUUGCGAAGAAGGAGGGCGAGAAGGUGACUGUUUAG